AUGACUGGUGCCGCAGCAAUCACUAACAAAAACGACCAGCUCCGAGACGCGAAGGCAGCCUUUGCGAAGACGAAGGCAAAGGUCGGCGAUGCUGCCUCGUUUGUCAAGACGAAAUCCGGAGAGUAUAAGGCCAAAGCUGGAGUUUUUAUCGCCGAUUGCAAGGAGAAGUCUUGUAAACUGGUCAACAAGCCAAGAUCUCCCUCUCCUACAAGGUCGAAUGGCGGCUCCCCAAGGCGCGGGAACUACCAGCGCAACCAGAGACGUAGCGGAUAUAGGAAGAUGAAGCGCUCCUCGCCCCUAAAUACGCGGCUACGAAGCUGUGAUGCGAUGAGCAUGGAAUACUCCUACUGGACGAUUUCAACCGUAUAUGGAAGCAGGUUUACUGUGUGGCGCGUCCUUGGUGUAGCUGAAGGUGGCUGCGUGGAGUUUGAUGCCUCGCUGAAACAACCUUGA